AUGGAGGAAGAAAGCUGGGUGGUGGCCAACGGCAGCUACUGCGCCGUGCACGGUUCCUCCAAACCUUUCCAACUGGUGGAUGUGUUCAGGCCAGUAUCUGUUUCUACGGUGCCGGACCUUUACCGAGUCGUGUCUACAACCUUCGCCCCGGGACGGGAUCGUUUGCAGGACCGUACGGUCAAAGCACUUGACGAGGCGUCUAAGCUUGCUGCACCAGUUCAACCCGACGCGGGUGCGUCCGUCGCGGCUGCCAUCCCCGUACUGGUACCAUAUGUACCACAGGCAAUGCCACUACCUGUUCCAGUUGACGCCCUCUACGUGUCGUCCCAAAUGCCCGUGAUGACGCAGCGGAGAAUACUCGGUGCUCGAGUGAGAAGGUUCCCGAAGUUGCAUUCGCAGACGACGGUGGACGAUGUCGCCUCGUACAUCGCCCUACUUCCGGGGUGCGCCCGCUGCUCCGAAACAUUCCGCAGGCACCAGAUUGAUGGCAAGGCUUUGCUGCGACUGCGCAAACAAUGCCUCAUCUUAAGAAUGAAGAUCGACCUUGCGCCGGCCCUCAAGAUCGUCGCUGCCAUAGACUGGCUCAGGCGUCAGGAGAAGAAAUCGCCGCCUUCACCGAAGUGA